UGAAGGGUACGGUGGGAGAGUGAGUGUGCAAUGAAGGUGAGCAGUCUCCUUGGGUAGGGGGGGAGAGAGUGACGGAUCCCUUAGACUAUCCCUUAGUUGAUAGUUUCGUGAUCUUUCAGGGUAUCAAAGGAUCCGGUUAAUUCCCAUCAAAGGUUAAUUGGGAUACAGGAUCAGCCAUUAUGGAAUGGCGGAGCAGACUGAAUGGCCUAAUUCUGCUCCAAUGUUUAUGGUCUAACACCACCCAAGACAAGCAAAGUCUGUGUUUCUGAAUGCCACUGAGGGGAUUGGAGAGAAGUGAAAAGUGACAGGGCAUUGCGCCUGAGGGGAAGAAAGAAAUGCCACUCUGAAAUUUCCCAAGGACUCAAUACCAAGGCAGAUUUGAAAGAAGAUACAGGCAGUUCUCCAAUAAACGGGGACAUGGAUGAUGCAGUGUGCAUGACUUCAGUGAUUGACAAUGCUCAUUUGUCAAACUCUCGCACACAAGCUGGCAAUGGAAUGAAGAUUUCCAGUGAUGAGCUAGUAAAAUACUAUUCCAGUUCUGGUGUGUUUCAGUCUGCAGCUGCUACUGGAAAGGAGUCAAUUCUGAGCAGAAAGCGGCCAUUUGUUGGGCGAUGCUGUCAUGUGUGUUCUCCAAUAAGCAGGGAUAAACUAUUUAAUGCCAGCAUCCCUUCCCAAGGACUACGGAAUGUUAUUUAUAUUAAUGAAACCCACACCAGAUAUCGAGGCUGGUUGGCCCGGCGUCUCUGCUAUGUCUUGUUUAUUCAGGAAAGAGAUGUGCAUCGUGAUAUGUUUCCCAGGAAUGUUAUUGAGAACGUUUUAAACAGCAACAGAACUGAAAAGUUCACUUAUUUCUCUGUCUGCACAUAUACUGCCUGGUCUACUGAAGUGCAAAAGGCCAUUGUUGAUACAGUGACUGAUCGGAUGCCUGUCGAAACUCUUGUCCAGGCAGACCCCAAAGCUGUGAGUAAAAUAAAGCGAAAAGCUCGCGGAAUCCUUCAGCAAAUGGUGGCUAAUAUCUCACCAGCUGUGAUCAGAUUGACAGGGUGGGUGCUACUGAAACUAUUCAAUGGUUUCUUUUGGAGUAUACAGAUUCACAAAGGGCAGCUUGAAAUGGUUAAGAAAGCUGCUGCAGAGCAGAACGUCCCACUGAUUUUCCUACCAGUUCACAAAUCUCACAUUGACUACCUGCUGCUUACUUUCAUUCUCUUCUGUCAUAAUAUCAAAGCACCGCACAUUGCUGCUGGAAAUAAUCUGAACAUCCCCAUUUUCAGCACACUCAUAAGAAAACUUGGUGGCUUCUUCAUUCGACGGAAGUUGGAUACUGGUGCAGAUGGAAGGAAGGAUAUUCUGUAUAGAUCUGUCCUGCGUGUGUACAUUGAGGAGCUUCUGCGCCAAGGGCAGUUUAUGGAAAUAUUCGUGGAAGGCACACGGUCUCGCAGUGGUAAACCAUAUUUAGCCAUGACAGGACUUCUUUCUAUUGUGGUCAAUAGCCUCUAUGAGAAUAUAGUUACUGAUGUCAUGAUUAUUCCAGUGGGAAUUUCCUAUGACCGGAUCAUUGAAGGCAAUUACAACAGUGAACAGCUGGGGAAGCCCAAGAAAAAAGAAAGCCUUUGGGGUGUUGCACAAGGAGUCUUCAGAAUGCUUCGUAAGAACUUUGGCUGCGUCCGAGUAGACUUCGGGCAGCCAUUUUCUGUUAAGGAAUACAUUGAUGCUCAGAGGAACCGUCCAUUGCCUGCAACACUUUCCUUAGAAGUUGUUCUUCUGCCAGCUAUUAUCACAGAUAGACCAGGCCUCAAUCAUGUUGAGCAAGAGUCUGCACCAGUUAUAAACACCAGAGAUUUCUCAGAUGAGCAAUACAAGAGACAAGUGAUCUGCAGUGUAGCAAGGCACGCACUUUACGCUGCCAGCAGGUGUUCUGCUGUGAUGUCCACUCAUAUUGUUGCAUGUCUGUUGCUGUACCGACACAGGGAGGGUGUCCACUUAUCCAAGUUGGUAGAAGAUUUUUUCUGUAUGAAGGAGGUAGUGCUGGCUCGGGACUUUGAUCUAGGGUUUUCGGGAAAUUCCGAAGAUGUUGUAACGCAUGCCCUACAUUUACUGGGUGACUGUGUCAAUGUCAGAAGCUCCCGACGAAACAGUGAAUUCUUUAUUGCACCAACCACAACAAUUCCAGCCCUGUUUGAGCUGAAUUUCUACAGCAAUGGCAUUUUUCAGGUUUUUCUCACAGAAGCAAUACUUGCCUGUUCCCUCCGUGCUAUACUAAAGGAAAAGACUUCAGGGCCAGACAGAUUGGAUCCAACUGUCAGUCAAGAAAGGCUUAUUCGUACAGCUGCUGAUCUGUGUCACCUCCUUUCCAAUGAGGUGAUUGUGGGAUUGCCAUGUCAGGCCGUGUACCAGAUUUUCAAUGAUGCUGUAGGAAAGUUCAUUCAGUAUGGCAUCCUGUUAGUGACUGAGGAGGAUCUCAGUCCCAGUCCUACAGAGGAGGCAUGGGCGAAUAAGUACCCAGAUGGUUUGUCCUGGAGAAGCGAUGAAGAAGAUGAUAGUGAUUACGGCGAAGAGCAACGUGAUCAUUACCUAAAGGUGAGCCGGUCUCAGGAUCACCUGGAGUUCAUCACUUUCUUACAGAGGCUGUUGGGUCCAUUUUUGGAAGCUUAUUUUUCUGCUGCUGUUUAUAUUCAAAGCUUCAGAGUUCAGGUUGAAGAAAGUGAAUACAUCAGCAAGUUUCACAAGUAUCUUUUAUCCCGAACUGAAAUGAAAAUUGCAGUAUUUGGGGAGAGUGCAACUUUCUGUCUUGCAAAAAGUGCAGUGAAAACUCUGAAGGACCUUGGGGUUUUUAAAGCACAGAAGAAAGGGAGCACAACUUUAGAACUCAGCAGCACUUUUCUACCUCUCAUCAAUCGACAAAAGCUGCUGGAGUACAUUCUGAAUUUUAUCAUGUUAUAGAGAGGGCUGAAUGGGCUGUGGUAAUUUAUUGACAUGGACUGGUACUAAUAAACCCAUUUGAAUUGAUCAUUUAACAUUUAAGAACUUAAAUGAAUACUUGCUACAUUUUCUGAUUUAUUUCACUGUUUUAGUGAAAGGUGUAUACCUAACUUAAUUUGGCUGCUUUCCUUAGUAAUUUAACUGGUUUAUUAUUCCAUUUAGUGUCAUCUUCUGCGUCUUUUGAUGCAGGCAUGUGGAAGCAUAAGCCACGAAAAGGUGAUUACCAUUAUGGUCACAGGUGUGUUGAUGACACUGAAUUUAUGAUUAAUUUAGAAACUUCAGAAGUUUAUCAAACCUGUCAUGCAUAUGUCAUAGAUGUCCCUUAAUUUGAAGUGGACCCUCUAUUCUUAACAGGUUGUUGUCAUUGGCCAUGAAUUGUGUCAAAUUCAGUGUUAAUGAAAGUGUAUCAAAUUCUCAAGAGUUGGUACUCUAGGCAGGUUUGUUGUGAUGUGCAAAAGUUCUACGUUAAAAAAGAUUCUGCUGUGCUAAAACUUAAUUGAUGGGAUAUUGUGAAUUCUGUGUCAUUAGGAUGUGGAUUAUUAUCUACACAAAAGAAUCCUUUUGGUUUUGCCAUCCUCCCGCAAAAUGGAAUGGUUGUUUUCAAUUAGGAGGAUAUCCAGAUACUUGGCUAUGAGCUCUGUAACAUCUAGCACUACACACAAUCUAAAGAUUAAUCAUUUGUUAAGUGACAAUCUGUAGAACAGGGGUUCCCAACCUGGGGUUCACAAACCCCUCAAAUAAUGAUAAGGUUCCAUGGCAUUAAAAAAAACGUUGGGAACCCCUGUUAUAAAAGGAGUUUGUGAUUGUAAUUAGAGGAUUAUUACUACUUUCAAAAGAUAUGUUACCAAACAUGGCUCUGAGCUCAUCUCACGUCCCCUCCCUUCCCCACUGGUUAGCCAAAGUUGCUCAUUUUUUUAAGCCCUCCAACAAGCAGACAUCCAGUUCCAUGCAUGAUUCCUAAAUGUAGGAGAGCUGAUUGGCUGAUCUGGUCAGCCAAUACUUUAUGUAACAGGUGUGGCAGAAAACUGUGAGUAGGUAUGCCUCAGUUGCAAAGAGAUAUGUAUAAGUAAUCUUGGCUUUUCUGUGCCUACUGGUCUUUCCCUUUGCUUUCUUUUUCUUUCCUCUCCUCUGUUGACCUGAUUGGUAGGUCAAAAUUGCUGAUCCAUGCUCACAGUCUUGCACUGAUGGCUAAAAUUGGGUUAAUAGUUGUUCAGUUUGUAUCUUGAAUGUGCUGGGCCCUAAAUUAUAGAUUGCCUUAGGGUUUCAUAAGAAGUUUAAUCAGCAUUUUUAGCAAUCAAAAAGAAAGCCAUAUCUUUGCAAGAAGAUCAUAUGUUUGCAAUUGGCAUUGAGACUAGGCAAUAAAAUAAUCCUUCCAAAGUAUAUCCAUUUUGUGGCAAGCGAUGUUCUGUGAUAAGUUGUGUAAGGUUUCCAGUUGAAACACAACAUUCAAAUCCAGCCAUGAAAUGCAUUGAACCCAAGCUGACCUUCCUAACACAACUUACAGAUUAAACACUGUGUGAUCAAAUAAUUCCACUGUAUGUGAGGAGAUGCAUGGUUUUUGGAUGAACAUCUGUCCGACAAUGAUCAGCCCUUGCACCCGUGAAGUGUGCAGGAGCAAGAUACAAGAAAAAUUUGUGCUACAGAUCAUAAUUUUUGACUGCUUUAUCUUUCAGAGAAAGGAUGAGCUAAGGCCAGCUUUUUACCCACUGAUUCCACAUAUUAACCCCUAAGAGUGAGCCCUUUUAAUGGGUAUAACAUUUAUAACACAAUAUUUUAUUUUUCUCUUGCAAAAUGGGAGACUUGGUAAUUUAAAGAUCCCUUGGAGCUUUUAGUAAGAGAAAAUCAUUUCCAUAAGCAUUUCUACCUUGAAUUUUUUAAUAAAACAAUAGUAAAUCUCAUUGAUGUGCCACCUAAUAUUUCAGAAACUGAAAGAAAUGAAGACCUACAGCAUCAGUUAUUAAUGUUGAGAUUAGAAAUUCCCCAUGUUAUUGUAAGAUCUCUAAAUACUGACAGGGGGAGGCAUUACCAGUUAAUACAUUUUUUCAUUAUGAUGUGUUCAGGGUCUCCAUUGUAGCCUCUCCCUCAGGGGUGUUUAAAGCAAACUUGAGCUUAAAUUAACCUGUAAGUCAUGAUGAUCUAUAUCUCAUAUUAUACUUGAAAAGCUACUCAAAUCACUGGUCUUCAUCUUUGUGUUACACCAAAGAGUUCUCUUAUGUAUUGUAUGUUAACAUGUGUUUCUUCCUUUUUUUUUCCAAAAUCUAAAUAUCCAACUUCUGAUGUACUUAUUUAAUGUUAUGUGAAGAGACAAUGCUACAUGUUGCAUUAUAUGAUAUUUUGGUUCUACCACUACUGAACUUAUAAAUGAUUGCUGCCUCAUGGGCCACAGAGCUCUAAAGGAUAGAAAGGGAUGGUGGUAGCAAGUUAUUGAGUUGUUGUUUCAUAUAUUUCUGGUCUGGAAAAGGGUUGGAAGUAAAAAUAGAAACGCAUUACAGAAUAAAAACAAAAACAUUAUCUUGUA